UUUUAGCGCAACUAUUUCGCUAUAUCCGAAGCAACUUGCGAUGCUCUUACGCGCAACACUCCCGCCUCAUCACGGCAUAAGCCAGUUCUCCUUCAGCUCCUUCCCUUCCUCCUGUUACUUCUCGCAGUCACCGGCUGCUAUUCUCUUUCGUGCCGUCAAAGCUAAGUCUGUCGAUGGCGUCCUCCGGCUCAGGCCAAUAGCUCUGUCGUCUCGGUCAUUACCCGUCGCCUCUCACGCGCUAGGUUCCCAUGCAGGCACUUCUGGCAACAUUGUUUCUGAAACUUCAUCCUCAAACAUCAUGGAUGAAAGCAGCUUGUUGAUUGUUGGGCCAGGUGUACUUGGAAAAUUGGUCGCUGAAAAAUGGCAACAGGAUUACCCUGGCUGCCAUAUUUUUGGGCAGACAAUGACAACAGAACAUCAUGAUGACUUGGUCAAGCUUGGCAUCAAGCCAUCUUUAAGUGGAAGAAGUGAAAGAGUGUAUCCUAAUAUUAUUUUCUGCGCUCCUCCAUCUAGGACUACAGAUUACCCAGGUGAUGUUAGAGUGGCCCUAUCAAACUGGAAUGGUGAAGGUUCUUUUCUAUUCACAUCAAGCACCGCCGUAUAUGACUGCAAUGACGAACAAUUGUGCGAUGAGGACUACCCUGUAGUGCCAAUUGGCAGAAGCCCUCGAACAGAUGUUCUUCUUAAAGCCGAAAGUGCAGUAUUGGAGGCUGGUGGUUGUGUUCUGAGAUUGGUAGGACUUUAUAGCGCUGAUAGAGGUGCUCAUGUUUAUUAUCUAAAGAAGGGAGUAGUUGACGUUCAUCCAGACGGUAUUCUCAAUCUCAUUCACUAUGAGGAUGCAGCCUCCCUGGCUAUUGCAAUCAUGAAAAGGAAAUUACGAAGUAGAAUUUUCCUGGGUUGCGAUAACAACCCUAUAUCCAGGAAAGAGAUUAUGGAUUGUGUGAACCGGAGUGGAAAGUACAGCGGCAAGUUCGACGGCUUUACAGGCAACACUGAUAAGCCUGGGAAGAAGAUGAAUAACUCCAAGACUCGUGCUGAGAUUGGAUGGGAACCUAAAUAUUCAAGCUUCUCUCACUUUCUUGAUCAAGUCAGCUAAUCUCAGACACCAUUCCUUCCAUUUCAGAACAAAUCUAAACUUUCUGUUUUUUUCCCUUUUGUUAUUUGAAUGCACUAAAGUUUAUACUGCCAUAUAAUUUCUCAAAAGGUUUGCCAAUUUAGUUUUUGAUCC